UUCGCCUGCAGCGUCUGCAGCCGCUGCUUCCGCCAGCGGCAGAGCCUUCAGAGCCACAUGCGCACGCACACCGGCGAGCGCCCAUUCGAGUGUCCGCAGUGCAGCAAGCGCUUCUCCAAGCAGGGGCAGCUGAAGACGCACGCCGUCGUCCACACCGGGCAGAAGCCGUACAGCUGCGACGCGUGCGGCCGCCGCUUCAACCUGCUGCAGAACCUGCACCGUCACGCCGUCACACACACCGGGGAGAAGGUCUUCACCUGCAGCGUGUGCGGCAAAGGGUUCACGCGCGCCGUCACGCUCAAAACUCACAUGCUCAUUCACACGGGCCAGAAGCCCUUCGAAUGUGAGCAGUGCCACAGAUCAUUCCGACACGUUGUCAACCUGCGGAACCACCAGAGGAUCCACAGCGAUGCGCGCCCGUUCACCUGCGACCUCUGCGGAAAGACCUUCAAGCAGGCAGUGAACCUGAAGAUCCACCGCAGGGUCCACACCGGCGAGCGGCCCUUCAGCUGCCACGUCUGCGGAAAGACGUUCAGCCAGCAGAGCGGCCUGAUCUCGCACGGCCGCACGCACUCCGUCGACCGGCCCUUCCACUGCAGCUUCUGCGACAAGGGCUUCAACAACGCCAACAGCCUCAAGCUGCACACCCGCAUCCACACCGGAGAGAAGCCGUACGCCUGCGACGUCUGCGGCAAGACCUUCAGCCAGGGCAGCCACCUGCGGACGCACCGGAGACAUGUUCACGCCGGAGGCAAGCAGUUCAUCUGCGACAGGUGUGGGAAGAGAUACGCCGACCAGCGCAACCUAAAGAUGCACAAGUGCUGCUACGCCUGAACCCGACGGGCCACACCACUCAGCUAAAACAAGGCGGAGCCUCAGGGGCACGUUUACAGUCGAUCUGCACAGAAGCACAUGGUUGUAAAGGGGGCGGAGCCUCAGGAGCACAUGUACUGUACCAACAGUUGCCACAUGACCACACAGCUUUUAUAAUUGUUUGUUUUUGGCAGCAUCUGAAACUUCUGAGAUAUUCAUGUGUAGUUUUAUGACCGGACAGGAACUGAAACCUUUUGACCAAUCACAGCUGAAACUUUCAUGAAAGAGGGUGGGGCUUCAUGCAUCAGGCGCCACGCUCCAAGCCAGCUGUGACAUCAUCCUGUUUGGACGGUCAGAGCCUUGAACUCAAUUUAUAAUGAUUUCAUGAUGUUUACAAACUCUAUUUUUCAUGUUUUAGAGAAAUUUCA